CAGUUGCGACUUGUGUGCCACGCGGCGUAUACGCAACGCGCUCCCGGGAAUCGCGAAUCAGGCGGAUAUACAGUGCGCGGCGAGGCUAUAUAAGCAGGCGAUGCGCACCGAAAGCCAACAGAUGGUCGCUGACUGUGCACGCGUGUGGUUAUCGGAGAUCAGUAAACAGCCCAACUAAACACCGAAACUUAUUGUAACAAAAUCGCGUGAAAGAGGCGAAAUAAUCAAAAUGCGGCCGCAUAUUUAUUCAGAAUUCUGAGGUGGCCGAACACAGAGACCGAAAACUCUUUGGAUCUACGGGGAAUUCCGAUUUCUGAGAGGUAUGCCCUCAACUCAGUGUUUAGUGUUUGUUUCUCCAACAAUGUGCCGCCAUUAAAAAGUUGAAGGCGUGAAGAUUUCGCACGGAACCCGACAUUUAUGACCAUUCGUAGCCUGCCCCAAAAGUGGGCCGCGGAAACUCGCUAAUUGCCUGCCGGACGCUCCGCAGUUGUCGGCAUUUAAUUUGAUUAUUUUCCGGAACGCGCUUCAAUGAAUCUGAGCUGCAAGUUGCGAAUUAAUCGAAAGAAAAUAUUAUUGCGCCGCGAGUCUCCGGGGAAAUCAAAUCUUUCGAAACUGUAAUGCCAAGUGACGUGUGCGGGCAGAAAGAAGAAAUCAUAAUUUAACGAAACUACGGGGCAGUUGAUGUGCUCAGGAAACUGAGGGAGAUGGAAAAUUAAUGAAUGUGCAUCGCGCGUAAUGAGAUGUAAACGAGUGGUGCAGCUCAACACAAAAUACCGAAAACCGAAAAGCAAUUUGCUUAAUGGCAUUAUUAAUGGACUCUGAAUAAUGAAGCUGAUUUUCAGCCAUAUAUUGAAGCCAUAUUUAGUGCAUUAAUGAAAAAAUACGGACAAGAAUAUUGCGGCAAUUAUAACUAUGGUGACAUGAAGAAUUACCCAUCUGAGGCCAAACAAAUAUAUGUGAAAUAAUUAAGCCAGAGCGUUCGUUGAAUCCGCUUAUUGUUUUUUUUUUUGGACUUUAAUUAAAGAAUUUCAACAGCUCCCAUCAGAAUAUUUUCUGAGCGAUAUUUUUUGUGAUUAAAAAAACCCUUUAAUUGUGUGUACUGAACGUAUAACAUAUUUUAAAAUCGGUUUGUUUCAAGACGGCAAGACAACAGGGAAGUCCCUUGAGUGCAUUUCAAAUUGGAAACUAAAUGAGCAACUGCUGCUGUAGCAGCCACAAAAACAGAGAGUCACUCGUGUCACACGCAGAAGAAAAAACAACAACCGACGACCAGGAAGAACAAUACGAUACUAUAUAGUAUAUAGUAUAUAUCCCCAGGGCGGCGGAGAUUGCCAGAGCGGUACGAUGAUAAUCAGCAUGAAUCAGACGGAGCCCGGGCAACUGGCUGCCGGGGAGCACCUGGGCGGCUAUGCCAGCAGCAGCAACAGUGGCCGCUACCUCGACGACAGGCAUCCGCUGGAUUACCUCGACCUGGGCACCAUCCACGCCCUCAACACCACGGCCAUCAACACCUCGGAACUGAACGAGUCUGCGAGCAGGCCGCUGGACCCGGUGCUCAUCGAUAGGUUCCUCAGCAACAGGGCGGUGGACAGCCCCUGGUACCACAUGCUCAUCAGCAUGUACGGCGUAUUGAUUCUAUUCGGGGCCCUGGGAAACACUCUGGUGGUCAUCGCCGUGGUCCGGAAGCCCAUCAUGCGCACUGCCCGCAAUCUCUUCAUCCUGAACCUGGCCAUAUCGGACUUGCUGCUUUGCCUGGUCACUAUGCCGCUGACCUUGAUGGAGAUCCUGUCCAAGUACUGGCCCUACGGCUCCUGCUCCAUCCUGUGCAAAAUGAUUGCAAUGCUGCAGGCACUUUGCAUUUUCGUGUCGACAAUAUCCAUAACGGCCAUCGCCUUCGACAGAUACCAGGUUAUAGUAUACCCCACGCGGGAUAGCCUGCAGUUCGUGGGCGCGGUGACGAUCCUGGCGGGGAUCUGGGCCCUGUCCCUGCUGCUGGCCUCGCCGCUGUUCGUCUACAAGGAGCUGAUCAACACGGACACGCCGGCACUGCUGCAGCAGAUUGGGCUGCAGGACACGAUCCCGUACUGCAUCGAGGACUGGCCAACCCGCAACGGGCGCUUCUACUACUCGAUCUUCUCGCUGUGCGUCCAGUACCUGGUGCCCAUCCUGAUCGUCUCGGUGGCCUACUUCGGGAUCUACAACAAGCUGAAGAGCCGCAUCACCGUGGUGGCCGUGCAGGCGGCCUCCGCCCAGCGGAAGGUGGAGCGCGGCCGGCGGAUGAAGCGGACCAACUGCCUCCUGAUCAGCAUCGCGAUCAUCUUCGGCGUCUCCUGGCUGCCGCUGAACUUCUUCAACCUGUACGCGGACAUGGAGCGCUCGCCGGUCACCCAGAGCAUGCUGGUGCGCUACGCCAUCUGCCACAUGAUCGGCAUGAGCUCCGCCUGCUCCAAUCCGCUGCUCUACGGCUGGCUCAACGACAACUUCCGUAAAGAAUUUCACGAACUGCUCUGCCGUUGCUCAGACACUAAUGUUGCUCUUAACGGUCAUACGACAGGCUGCAACGUCCAGGCGGCCCGCAGGCGUCGCAAGUUGGGCGGCGAUGUCUCCAAGGGCGAGCUGAAGCUGCUGGGGCCGGGCGGCGCCCAGAGCGGCACCGUCGGCGGCGGCGAGGGCGGUCUGGCGGCCACCGACUUCAUGACCGGCCACCAGGAGGGCGGACAGCGCAGCGCGAUCACCGAGUCGGUGGCCCUCACGGACCACAACCCCGUGCCCUCGGAGGUCACCAAGCUGAUGCCGCGGUAAAGCACAGGGUAGCUCUUAAGGUCCCCGAGGUCCGGUCUGUAUGUCCACGGCCGUGACCGCCCACCUCCGCAGGACACACGCGUGCAUGUCCUUUUGUGCGCCCUCGGGCUGAUUGGAUUUGCAUGCUCCAAGCGCCGCUGCUGCUCCCUUCACGUUUCACUUGUUCCAACUGCAACUGCCAUUUCCGGGGCACACUGAGUGAAAAGGCGUGCCCUUAGGUCGGGAAAGUUGGGUACACAGUUCCUUUAGACUUAAUAUUAGGUUGGAUAUUGGUGGGGAUCGCGCGAAAAUGUUAAAUGUCCCUUCAGAAAGUUCUUUUCGCUCAGCUUUGAUACGAUUUAAAGUUAACAAAAUUUUAGUAAAUUCAGUGUUUUAGGUGACCCUUUUUUAGGCAAUUUUUGUUGCAAUCUUUUAUUUUAGUUCCUUAUAAGAGAGGUUUAAUGCCUCUUUAGACAUGGAAUUUUAGUGAUGGUUUAGUCUGUUUUUAGGCGAGGAUUGGGAUAGCGCCUUACUUAUUACGAGAAUCUUAACUAGUAAUAAUCAUCGAUAAAAAUUCAAUUUUUUGUAGCUUGUGCCAUUGGCAUUAAAAUCAGUAUUAUUUUUACCAGCUUUUAGUUUUAGAAAUUUUGUAUACAAAUUUAUGACCAAUUUAUUUGCUUUAAAGACAGAAUCAUAUUAAAGGUAACUAUAGACUAUCUAUGCCUCAUGUAUAAAAUUCUUUUCUCUACCAACUUUAAGUUCCAUACUGUAUUUGUUUGUAACAUUUUACUACAGUCAAAAAUAUCCCACCCUAAAAAAUGUAAGAAUUUAUAUUUAUUUAUCGAUUCCUGAUUUAAGGGUUUUUCUCUAUUGUGGCUCGAAUAUGACUGCUUUCCGGUCGUCUAUGACUUCUUGAUACUUUUUCUCAGUGUUUGCAUGCGCUUCACAAUUCCCUUUAUCGUUGCCUGGACGGGCUGUAACUCUUGUCGUUGCCAUGUUGUGACAUUAUUUGCCUUGAGCAGCCAUCGAUUAUGACCCAGCUUUUUGUGACACAUUUUCAGUUUGGAACAGUACUAAAUUGGCAAUCAAUCCUGGAGCAGCGGGCGGCUGGAGCGGCUUUUGAGUGACGCGACUUCUAAUUCGCUCUUAGAAUUUACAGAAAACACAUAUUGUCCAGUGAUCCAAAGCCAAGCUGAGUUACACCUAAGUUAAGACACAACAAGUAUAAACCUGUAAUCUAUUCCAUCGUCAACGUCGGACAAAGUCUAUGGUUUGAUCACUCUCAUAUCGAAUGCCGGAAAGUAAUUGAUUGAGCCCCCAAUUGGAUUUCGGGUAUUUGAUAAGUCGAAUACGCCUAAGACCUCGAAUAAGUUCCCUUCAAACAGUUCCUAGGAAAUAAUUUCGUUUUUCUCAUAGCUACGUCUUCAUAUCAUCUAAGCAUAGGAUUAUAAAUAAUUGAUGUUCUGUUUGCCAUUCUCUAAUGAUAGGUUAACUUAAAAAUUCGCAUAAGCUUAUCUAAAUUAUAGUCCAUAAUUGUAGAAGAUAAAUUUAAGGUAAAUGUCAGCAUCUCUAAAAACAUCCUUUCAAUGUCUGCUACACAAAAACUACAAAAUAUUUUAAUAAAUGUUGUUUACAA